GUUGCUCUGCGGCGGACGUCACGGCACUCCAGAAAACUUCCUCUCCAAGUAAAAGCAGUGAACGAGGGUGGCCAAGCCGUGAUCAUGAUACUGGGAACUCUCUUCGUCAUUUUCCUCAUGUUACUCUGGCUGGGCACUCGGAAACCCAAAAACUUUCCCCCAGGUCCACCACGCGUGCCACUCUUUGGGAUGAUGCCGUCUCGUGGCCUGCCGCACCAUAACCUGUACCUCCUGUCUGACAAGUAUGGUCCCGUGGUGGGUGUGUUCUUCGGCAGCACGCCUGUGGUGGUGGUCAACGGUUGGCACGCCCUCGUCGAGUCCCUCCACAACAGAGACCUCAACGGCAGAAUCCACUUUUUCCUCAGUAGCCUCAUCAACGGCGGACCCAAAGGAAUUUCCGGCAAUGAAUCUGAUGUAUUCCACGAGCAGAAGAGCUUCACAAUGAAACAUAAAUAUGGAAGCGUCAAGAAGCACCACGAGGUUGUUAUAAGCGACGAAACCAACGGCCUUUUGCAGGAAGUUCGCGAGGCCCAAGGAAGCGUGGCGAUACAGAACUUGGUGAGUCUGUCCGUCAUCAACAUUAUCUUCGGGAUGGUCACCGGCCGCAAGCAUCAGCGAAAGGAUCCUCGGCUGUUGCAACUUCAAGAGACUAUCAACAAGGCUUUCCGUUCCCAGAAUUCCACCGGGCGCCUCAACCCGAUCUCCAAACUCCUACUGAAGCUGCGUCCUGAGAAAUCCCUCACCUUCAGGGCCAUGAAAGACACGAAGGACUUUUUUGAGGCGACCAUCCGGGAGCACCAAGCCACCCUGGACCCAAGCGAACCGAGGAGCUUUAUUGAUGAAUACCUCGUUAUGAUAGAGCAGCAGAAAGACGACCCAGACUCCUCCUACUCAGUCAAACAGCUGUGUGCCAUUUGCAGCAACAUUUUCAUGGGCGCCACAGACACCUUGUCCUCCGUGGUGUCCUUCGGCCUGCAACUGGUGAUGGAGAGCCCGAGCGUCCUGGCCAAGAUCCAGAAGGAACUGGACACUGUCUUGGGCCCUGACCGCCUCCCCUCAUUGGACGACCGCUACAAACUGGUGUACACAUACGCAACCUUGCAAGAAGUGUAUCGCUUCAGAGCUCCGUCGCCAAUCACAAUUCCUCACAAAGCCAUGAAGAACACCACGCUGCAGGGCUACAACAUCCCUACGGAAGCCAUCGUCUUGAACAACCUGUACAGCGCCCACAUGGACCGCGACUACUGGGGGGACCCGGACGUCUUCAGGCCGGAGAGGUUUAUCAACGCUGACGGCACACCAAGGAAGCACGACCGUCUCAUCCCCUUUGGAAGAGGGCAAAGGCGGUGUCUCGGGGAACCUGAGUCAUGGAAAAUAACCUUCGCCUUCUUCAGUUCCCUUCUGCACCAGUUCACAUUCACUUUCGACCCCACCCUGCUCCCGCCCACAAGUGAGGGGGUAGCAGGUCUUGUCUAUUGCCCAUCGCACUUCAAGGUUUUUGCCAAGCCUAGAUACUGAUGAUGGCGAUGAUGCAAUUAACGUCUUUGUAAAGGUGACUAUACACCGUUCUUGCGCCUCUACCAAACUUCGAUCAAGGACCUGUAUUCUUAAUUUGGGUAGGUGGUGGCUGAGUGGUAGCGUGCUGGGCCCACAUUCACCGCGUGAUGGACGACGCGGGUUCGAAUCCCCACGCUACCACCUCGGAUUUUUCAGUCACCGCCGAGUGGCUUAAAACUACCCACAUACUGUCCUGAAGACCACCCAUCAACCCGAACUCUAGAGGAAACCGUCCAAGUGAAUCAAGAACGAGUUCCGGAGGGCAGCAUGAGCCAAGAGAAAAUGGCGCCACUAUAAACACUUGCCUGCACCAUGACGGGCUGGGGCCGACUACAAUCUAGGCCCCUCAAUAAAAGCCUACCGGUGCUGUAGGUGUACACGUAAAAAAAAAAAAAAAUCAUCUCGGCGCCUCAGUUUGCCUGUUUGAAAAGAUUCGUAGAAGUUGCUGGACUUUCCAUGGUCUGUUUUGUGAUCCCAGUGAUAGUUUUACACGACCUCUGCACCCUGAACCGGAAAACCAGCCAUGAAAACAAGUUUAGUCUUCUCUGUGGCCUUAGAAAAUAGUCUUCACUAGAGCCCGAUACGUUUAAGAAUAUGGACCAAGGCCUCUGCAAACUGGGAGUGAUUCUACGCUAUGCACGCUAUGCCACCACGAAGCUUUCAAUCGCAGCUGUUGCUUUCAUUGAGGCUGUUCACACCGAUGUAGUGUAUUAUAAGCACAAUGCUAUAAUUAUAAUGUGUUGUUGAUUGCAUUUGUCUUCUUUAUGGAGGAAUAUGUCAUUACAAAGCCCAAAGGAAUAAUGUAAACUUGUUGCCAAUCUGUGAGUUAUAUUUUGUCACCCGGUGGAGGGGAUGAUAGCGCCAUUGCCUCUUAUAUCAAGUUUCAGGGCAGUGUUGUAUUGUAUAGUAUUUAUUAAUUACAAACCUAUUAUACACAAGUUAGAGUACCAGCGUAUGCCAGACUUCAUGAACCUCCCUUUGAUGUUGUUUGUUGAAAUUUUACUGUUUUGUUGUCACCAUCCUUACUUUCUCUGCUUUCUCAUGUUUGCUUACAGUAAUAAAUAACGAUAAUGGGUC